ACAGUGUGGGGAGGAGGAAGAGGAAAUGAUGACCAUUUCCUGCUGCAGCUAGAAAAUAAAACAAACAGGAAACGAGGAGCAGAACUCCAUGAGGAGCGAGUGGAGUCGGACAGAAACCAGUAGAGUGAGACAGCAGAACCAGCAGCAGGAGAACCCAGCAGAACAUCUAACAAGAGGAGGAUCAGGAGGGAGCUGAGCUGACCUGAGGACAGUGAAUAACAUUCAGAACAGACAGACAGACUGCAGCUCACUGUGGAGUCCAGACAACAACCGGCAGAAACCAGCUCCUGACCAGGACUCGCUGAGACACACACACACACACACACACACACACACACUGUGGCUGAGAUGUCACAGUCUUGAGUCCUGGACCAGUUGAUUCUACAAAAACAGAAGAAAGAGGUUCCUCCCUCCCUCUUCCCCUUCCCCCAGCUCCAUCAUGCCCAUCUUCAAAAACCUCCCAGUGCGUCUGAAAGGCGGCGGUCCAACCCUAGACAACGCUUUGAUCCUCCGCAGGAUGAGCCUCAACAUCACCCCCCACCAUCACAACCCCUUCGACAACGACGAAGACGGCAUCCACGGCAACGGCGGCCAUGGCAACCACUGGUCACCCGGGAGCUCGCUCCUCGACGGCGACGGGCCAAGGGACCGCAAUCCAUUCGAGGAUGAGGAGGACGAGAAUGAGGCCAACGAGGGUAAAAAGGGAAGUGGAGGUGGAGGUGGAAGUUCGGGCAAAGGAUCGUUGAAGUUCCCAUCGCCGCUGAAGACUCUGGGGAAACUGGGGAAGAACCUGCGAUUAUCGGGGAGGAGCAAAGGAAGUGAAACGCCAUCCCCACAGGGGUCGCUGCAAGGAACGCCUUCACCUGCGCAGAAGAAGAAGAGAGGGAGGCGGAGCUCCGAAGGAAGCUUGCUCAGGUUUGCGGGGAAAUAUCGUGACACCCUCGGCUCCCGUAAGGAGUCGUUUACCAACGGCGAGCUGAACUGUUCGGAGAGCGAAUGCGACUCCACCAGCCGCCGUGUGUCCUUCAUGAAAAUGGUGGGCCUGGGGAAGCUAAAGAAGGAGUCCAUGGCCGACCACUCGUCCCAGGGCGCCGAGGAGCAGCAGGUGCAGGAGGAGGUGGUGGAGAAGGUUAAACCCAGAGAGCCACUCUCAGUCUUGGAGAUCCUGCAGCUGGUGAAGAAGCGGGACCUCCUCCUGGCCGACACCCACAUCCUGGAGUUGGAGCAGGAGUGUAGUGAGUCCGUCGCGGCCGACCGGGGCACCGCGUCGCAGCCGGAGGACGCCGGCGGCCUGAGCGUCAAAGAUGGCGGCCGGAGAAAGGCGAAGGAUGUGGAGCUGCUGUAUGAGGAGCUGCAGAAGGAGCUGUGGGCCGUCGUCAGGGAGUCUCUGCGGUCCCCGACAGCCGGGCCAAACCUGGGCCUGGUGGUUCAGGUGCUGCAGCAGGAGGAGCAGACUGAUAAGGAAUGGGCCCUCAGUGAGGCCGCGGCCCCCGGGGGCCCGAGGCCUCGCCGCCUGAAGCAGAAGUGGAGGGAGGCAGUGGAGGAGGUGGCAGAUGGGUCCCUCCCUCAGAGGGCGGAGUUCACGGCCGGAGAGCUGGACCAAUACCUGGACCGGCUUCGAGCCCGGGUGGUGGAGGACCUGGGGGCUGCCAAGAGGAACGUGGUGUCCAUUUACCCUGAAGAUUACCAGCCCUUCCAGGUGUACGUGCAGAGCUACCACCAGGCGGUUGCUAGGCGACUGCGGGCUAUCACUGACAACCAGCUGGAGAUCACUGACAUCUACUCCCUGCUCGACUGGCUGCACAACAUAUAUGACAGAGACGUUCUGGGGACGGUGUGCAUCACGAGUCCAUUCAGCCGCUCGCAUCUCAGUCCUCUGCUGCCUUCGGAGACUGUGGACAGGCUGGAGCUGGACUGUCUCAACUCUGUUAGGGCUAAAGUGACCACUGAGCUGAGUCAGGUUCUGGACGAGGAGGAGAAAAGAUGGAUGGAGUCGCUGCACAUCGAGGAGUAUCAGAUCACUCUGGCCAAGACCGUCAUACAGAGGCUGCAGGUCGAUCUCGAGCGAUCUGCCUCCAUCAACAGCAGUUUGGGCUCCAGAGUGGCUCAGUGCAGCCUCAACGGCCUGGCCGACUUUCUGUACAGUUUCCAGCGUAAAGUUGAGAUGUUUCAUGAAGGGAUGCAGAGCGGCAUGUUUGGAGACAAUGAGGAUGGUUAUGUGUCCAAAACCAUUGCCCUGGUCAACUGCUGUCCUCCAUUCAGAGGCUUCGUGCAGCGCUGUGCUCAGUGUGAUCCUUCAGUCACUGAGGACUCUCUGCGUCGAGCCAACAAAGCUCUGGAUCACAUCGUCCAUCAGGGUGUCAGAGUGCUGUCUGAACGCCUCUACCUGCAUAUCAGGCUGUUCUUUGAGCGGCUCGUGAAGAGGAAGUGGCUGAGCAACACAGAGCCAUACGAGCAGAUCGAAGCUGUCAUCAAAGAACACUUCAAGAAAUACCAACGGAUGGACAGUCCACCUUACCAGCUGCUGGUGGCGGAGGUCCAUCGGCGGGUGGUGAUGGAGUAUCUUCGCUCCGUCAUGCGAGGCAGGAUCAUCUGCACCUCGAUGAAGAUGAGGAAGAGAAUGGCCAGCCGGCUCAGAGACGAAGGCAAACAGAUCAAAGUCCUCUUCAAAGAUCUGGAGUCUCCAUCCAGCUGGUUGGACAACGCUCUGCCUCACAUCUCAGAGAUCAUCCAGCUGGAGGACGUCCCCUCCAUCCAGAUGGAGGUCGGAGUUCUGGUUCGAGAGUUUCCAGACGUCAGGAAGAAACAUGUGUCGGCCAUUUUGAACAUCCGGGGGAUGACUCGUCAGGCGGAGCGUCAGGAGAUCCUGAACAUUGUCAAAGACAUCGAGAGUAGCGACGGCGGUGGCAGCAGCGGAGGACUGGCCCGGCUGUCCCGGGACCGAGCGCUCUUCUCCGAGGUGCCGGUCACCUCUGAGGUCCACUGUCUGAACGUGGGCCUGAGCCGCAUCGCCCUCACCGCCUCGUCCUGCAUCAGCACCCUGCGGCCGUGCCGACGCAAAGCCCGAACACCCGUCCAGGAAAACCCUGACGAUGUCCUCUGAGAGGCCGAGGAGACUCUGGAGAAAAUACUAAAAAGGAGGAAUGUAGGCAAGCGGUUUAAAGGUCAGGUGGAGACUAAUACAAGAUCAGCUUUUAAUCUUUCUCUUUUAUUGUAACAUGCACAGCUUUACUUUCUGGAAUCCUGACUAAAUCUGAGCUGUCAGUGCUGACAGGAAAACAAAACAGGAAAGAAAAGACAAAAGUCCUGGUGGACGAGGAGUCAUGAUAAUAAGAGGACAUGAUGGCAAGAGAUGACAAAACUGGACUGAAAAAUCAGUUCUGUUUUUGGCCGAUGUGUCGGUGAUGGAUGGGGGAAAUAAUUAUUCCCACGUUUUUGGCCACAAAGGCAUCACGGCGUCACUCUUACGGGUCUCCGCCCCACAGGAGAAAACAAUCAAUCCCUGACUAAUUUGUUUUUAUUGAAACAUCACAGUUAGAUUUGAAAUUUAAACGUCAUUAUGCUGAAGAGGUUCACAUUGUUCGCCUGUGGAAAAGAAGAUUCAGGCUCAAGGUCUUAAGACCUGGUCACAUCAGAGUCAUGCCACAGUGAAUUUUGGUGAAACUAGACACCUAAAAUCCUGCUAAAACCACAAUGUCUCCUUUUGAUGUUCAUGUUUCUACACCUGUUCAAAUCAGACACUGGAUUUGGAAGUUGAAGAGGUUGGAGUUGAUGGAAGUUAGGCCUAAUAGAUAAAGCUAGCUAGCUCACAGUUUCCCUCGUAGCUCUGUUCCUCGCGCUGCUAAACUGGGCUAACCACAUCCUAAUUUUUGUUGACGGUGUACGAUCGUAGGCGCGUUUCUCACAAAAAAAUGAACAUAAGAAAGACUAGCACCACGCUAGAAAGCUCUCUACGCUAGCUCGUUUUGCUAACCGAAAGUGAGCAGAUCGGUCGCUGUCUGGACUGAAGUGCAUUAUGGGACAAAGAGCAGAAGAGGAGAACUGAACAGAUCAUCAGGACUGCUGACUCUUCACAUUUUGUACCAUCAGAACCCAGGAACCUGGACUGUGGUUCUUGACAGGCUCAGUGGACUGAAACCACACUGCACAGGUAACCAGACUGCCUGCCGAAAUGCGUUUUGAGGAUUUCUCCCCCGACUUGGAAAUGUGGAUUUUAGUUUUUAAUCUCAUCGUAAGGAGAAGCUUCAUGAGAGAUGUAGUUUUAUUGUUGCACAUGAUUUUUAAAACAACACAACUUUAAUCAAAGGUACUUUUUGAUGAUCUGAGUCUCAUCGUGCUGAUGGUGUAUUUAAAGCAGUGAUUAUAGUUAUAUGGGGAUUAUUAUAUAUGUGGGACACAGUAGUUGUUUCUUUUAACUGACUUUUAUUUCAGAAUAUCUGGUGUUAAUUCAGCGCGUUAAACAGUUUAGGCGUAGAGAAAAUGGGAGGGCUCACUCAUCUGAAGGACAGAACUGCAUUGGGAUCAAACGUCUUCUCAUAUUUUAACAGUUAAUUGUGCAUUUCCUCAGUCCACAUUUAAUGUUUUAACUCGCAAACUACAAAUAGCAUUUAAAUUCCUGGUCAUCAUUUUGCCAACCGUUGUCAGAAACAUUUAAAACAGAAAGAUGUUGUUACGCGCUCUGGCCACCAGAGGGCAGAGGUGUUUUUUCCCAGAUUAGAGUCACUUUCUAUUCUGUGUCCUAUUUUCCGUUCUCCAUCUCUUGUAAAUGUGGAUGUAUGAAAUGAUCUUUCUGUACAGAAAUCAACUUUUAGUGACAAUAAAACAGAUCAGAUCACUGA